CCCAUAUCAAAAUCGAUAUACGCUGGCUUCUCAAUUGGACCCAUUUUAGUACUGCGGCCACAAGCGCGCAACGAUGUCGUCGGAGCUGCUCGAGCGCGUGGAGAAAUGGGCUGCCGAGACGCCCAGCAAGGUCCAUUGUCACCACAUGAUAGCCCAUUGAAAUACCAAGCUGUAGAUUUGUCUCUAGGGGCGAAAUUCUGAGGCGCAACGCCUCAAGAAUCGCCUCCAACUUGCUGGUAUUUGGUUCUAACGCGUGUUUUCUCGCUGUUUCUUGCUGUAGACGAUGCUGUCGUUCGCGGACGAUAAGGGCGUCGUGACAGCCUCACUCACGUGCGCGGUAUGAAGCUUGUCGAUGAUUUAUCGUCUUCUACUCGUCGAGUAACGCCUCACGAUAUUUUGCUCUGAUACUUGUCGCGUUCGCCACUUUUAGGAGCUCAACAAGCGCAUGCAGAACCUCGCGGGACUUUUACUAGCCUCAACGCAGCAGCAUAGCAAAGGACUGGGGCUGAACCAAGGAGACCGAGUGCUGUUGGUGUACCCGCCAGGCUUGGAUUUUAUCGUAGUCUUUUUGGCUUGUCUAAAAGCUGGAGUGGUUGCAGUACCAGUGUACCCACCGGACCCUCGCAAGAUGAAGAAGGACAUCAGUAUGUUCGUAUCUGUGACGCAGAACUGCCAAGCCAAGACGGCACUGACAUGUUCGAUGUACUACAACGUCAAGAAGAUCUCAGCGAUCAAAGAGAAGUUCACGUUCUCCGGUGCUGCUCAGUGGCCAGAGCAUUUAAAUUGGGUCGUUACGGACGAUUUGGUUGACACCAAAGGCAUCGACCCAGCCAAGCACUGGCUCACUCAGUCACCUUCUGCCGACAGUACAGCAUUUUUACAGUAUACUUCAGGCUCAACCUCUGCUCCCAAGGGCGUCGUGCUUUCGCAUGGUAACUUGAACCACAAUCUGCGCACAAUCAGCUCGGCGCUCCAAGCUGGUCGAGAUACGGUGGUGGUGUCGUGGCUACCGCAAUACCACGAUAUGGGGCUUAUCGGCGCUUAUCUGGGCACCAUUUUCAAUGGCGGAAAGGGUGUGUAUCUGUCUCCGUUCAGCUUUAUCCGCGACCCAUGUCUGUGGCUACGUCUGGUGUCCAAGCACCGCGCUACUCACCUCCAGGCUCCGAAUUUUGCCUACUCUCUGCUUGCUAGGAAGAGCGACCGACUCACUGUUGGUCUGGCCAGUGGACAACAUGUGGAUCUCUCCAGUGUGCGGCAUAUGAUUAAUGGUGCGGAGCCUAUUCAAGGUGAAGCUAUCGACAACUUCUACCGUGCUUUCUCGCCUUUUGGUUUGCCUGAGGGUGUCGUGAAGCCUACGUAUGGUCUUGCAGAGCACACGGUAUACGUCUGUGGUGGCGGACAGCAACGUCUAUGGGUCGACAAGCAAGAAUUGGAGAGUAACCGUGUCUUCCGAGUGGUUGAGAAGACCAACACUGCUGGUCUGGUGAAAGAGAUGAUCGGCUGCGGUGUGCCAUCGAGGAAGGACUAUGGUAUUGACGUCCGCAUUGUCGAUGCCGAAACAGAAGAAGAAAAACCUGAAGGGGAGACUGGCGAGAUCUGGAUCUCAAGCGCAUCGAAGGCUCGAGGUUACUAUGGCGACGAGAUGCGAGAGUUUUCAGCUGAGGCGUUCCAGGCUAAGGUGGUUGGAGAUACUGAAGGCAAAACGUUUUUAAAGACCGGCGAUUUGGGCGUGAUCUACAACCAGGAGCUCUUUAUCUGUGGUCGCAUGAAGGACCUGGUUAUUAUUCGAGGUCGGAACCAUUACCCACAGGACUUGGAGGCCUCAGCAGAGUCUCAUGAAGAGUUACGUCCAGGUUGCUGUGCUGCAUUCUCGUAUCUAGCUGAUGGAAAUGCUGACGAUGAGCAGCUCGCUGUUGUGGCGGAGCUGCGGGACCCUGCGAUGACCAGCAAGGCAAGUCUGUGUGGGAAGAUCCGCAGCGCCAUCGCACGCGAACACGGCGUCAAAGUGACGUUGGUCGUGCUAUUGUCGCCUCGCUCUAUCCCAAAGACAACAAGUGGUAAAAUAUCGCGGUCACGUUGCAAGAAAGCGCUGGAAGAGAAGACACUAGAGGAGCUCUAUCGCAAUGAGGACAUGAUCGCUGACGUUCCAGUUGAGGACGACGGAGGUGAUGUUGCUGUGGCAGGUGAGACGAUGAACCGAAACGUCAAUGGUCCUCGCGUUGCCUCUACUGAUGAUGGUUCCAAGUCGAACUUACCGUCGGUGAUCACGGGUGUGCCGCCUGACCAAGUACACGCAUUCUUGGUCGAAGAACUGGCCCGUACUCUAGGCGUGGAGCCAACACAGAUCAACGACGACACGCCGCUGCAAGAACUUGGUCUGGACUCGAUGGUGUUGACUCAACUCCAAGGCGUCAUUGCGCAGAAGUACCAGGUUCAUGUCGAAGAAGAACUGCUGUAUGGUGAGACGACUACUCUUGCGAGUCUCCACGCUGGACUAUGCGGCGAGACGUCCGGUAACAGGACAGGGGGCACAUCCGCCAGUUCCCCGAAGCAAAAAUUGUUUUGCGGAUGCAUCGCAUGCUAGGAAGGAUGAAGAGAAUGAAAGAUACUGCAUGGUAAUAAACAUACACAAACGUUGAAGAAAAUUACAGUUUAAAACAGCUAGAGCAGACAAAUGUGUUUAUUACAAGACAAUUCAGACGUGGCACUUUGACGGGCG